CCGCCGCAGCAGCAGCAGCCGCCGCCCCAGGCCCCCCCCAUGGAGCCCGAGGCCCCGGAUUCCCGCAAGAGGCCCCUCGAGACGCCCCCCGAGGUGGUCUGCACCAAGCGCAGCAACACGGGAGAGGAAGGCGAGUACUUCCUGAAGGUGCUCAUCCCCAGCUACGCAGCCGGCUCCAUCAUUGGCAAAGGGGGCCAGACUAUCGUGCAGCUGCAGAAGGAGACGGGAGCCACCAUCAAGCUAUCUAAGUCCAAAGACUUCUACCCAGGAACUACAGAACGGGUAUGCCUAGUACAGGGCACGGCAGAGGCCUUGAAUGCCGUUCACAGCUUUAUCGCAGAGAAGGUUCGAGAAAUCCCUCAAGCGAUGACCAAGCCUGAGGUGGUCAACAUUCUUCAACCCCAAACCACGAUGAACCCCGACAGAGCCAAGCAGGCUAAGCUCAUCGUCCCCAACAGCACGGCGGGACUGAUCAUCGGUAAGGGGGGAGCGACCGUGAAGGCGGUGAUGGAACAAUCCGGCGCCUGGGUGCAGCUGUCGCAGAAGCCCGAGGGUAUCAACCUACAGGAGCGCGUGGUGACCGUGAGCGGCGAGCCCGAGCAGGUGCACAAGGCCGUGAGCGCCAUCGUGCAGAAGGUACAGGAAGACCCACAGAGCAGCAGCUGCCUCAACAUCAGCUAUGCCAACGUGGCGGGGCCAGUGGCCAACUCCAACCCCACCGGCUCGCCCUACGCCAGCCCGGCCGACGUGCUGCCCGCCGCGGCCGCCGCCUCUGCCGCUGCCGCCUCGGGUCUGCUUGGCCCCGCAGGGUUGGCGAGCGUGGGCGCCUUCCCCGCCGCGCUGCCCGCCUUCUCGGGCACCGACCUGCUGGCCAUUAGCACGGCGCUCAACACGCUGGCCAGCUACGGCUACAACACCAACUCGCUCAGCCUUGGCCUCAACUCGGCCGCCGCCUCGGGCGUCCUGGCCGCUGUGGCCGCAGGCGCCAACCCAGCCGCCGCCGCCGCUGCCAACCUCCUGGCGUCCUACGCGAGCGACGCCGGGGCGGGGCCGGGGGCGGGGGCAGCACCGCCGCCGCCGCCGCCCCCUGGAGCGCUGGGCUCCUUCGCGCUGGCCGCGGCCGCCAAUGGCUACCUCGGUGCGGGCGCGGGGGGCGCGGCUGGAGCGGGGGGCGCGCCCCUGGUGGCCGCCGCGGCUGCGGCCGGGGCUGCCGGCGGCUUCCUGACGGCCGAGAAGCUGGCGGCCGAGAGCGCCAAGGAGCUGGUGGAGAUCGCGGUGCCCGAGAACCUGGUGGGGGCCAUCCUGGGCAAAGGGGGCAAGACGCUGGUGGAGUACCAGGAGCUGACGGGUGCGCGCAUCCAGAUCUCCAAGAAGGGCGAGUUCCUGCCCGGCACGCGGAACCGGCGGGUCACCAUCACGGGCAGCCCCGCGGCCACGCAAGCCGCUCAAUACCUCAUCAGCCAGCGGGUCACCUACGAGCAGGGGGUGAGGGCCUCAAACCCACAGAAAGUGGGAUGAGGCCUGUGGUGUGCGUCCCCACCCCCUCCCGCUCCUCCUCCCUCCUCCUCCUCUCCCAACUCCCGCCAGACUUCAGCUUGGUGUGACUCCUGCUUGGCUUGGGAUGGGGCUGGGGUAGGCCUGGCUGCACCCUCCGUUCUGGUAGUCAUAGGCAGGAUUGAGUGAUGGCUGGGGAGGGGGCUUUUGAGCCCCCUUUCCAGCCUUGAACUGACCCCUCCUCCCUCCCUCCCUGUGCUUGACUGGGCCUGACCCGCCUCUCCCAGGGUCCAGGUCUAUGUGAUAUCUGUAUAUAUUGCAUUUUGUUGAUUUUAAUAGAAAACAAAGCGUUAU